UCCCUCUUGUGUUCGAAAUAGAAGAUGCCACCUGCAGGGAGAGGAACGAACUCAUUCAUAUAUUUGUUCGUUCAUUUGAUCCACAGACUGAUAAGUAUAUGCUGCCUGCAGAGGAUGCAAAGAAGGAAAAAGUCCCUGCCCUUAAGGAUAUUAGAAGCUAACAAGAAGACAGAUGUUCAAACAAUUAGAGUAUAGUGUAAUUAUUGUGAUCAUGGAGCAUCCACCUCCCCCAUACACCUCUACCAAAAUGGCUGCUUUCGGACACACAUUCCCCUUCUACCCUGGCCCCAAGCCGACCUUCCCAAUGGACACCACCUCGGCCAUCAUCAUCACCAUCUUUCUGACUGCACUGGUCACCUUCAUCAUCAUCCUGCCUGGCAUUCGGGGCAAGAUGAGGCUGUUCUGGCUGCUGCGCAUGGUGACCAGCUUAUUCAUCGGGGCCCUGAUCCUGGCCGUGAUUUUCAGUUCCAAGUGGUCUGUGGGCCAGGUCAGCACCAACACGUCAUACAAGGCCUUCAGUUCUGAGUGGAUCAGCGCCGAGGUGGGGCUGCAGAUUGGGCUGGGAGGAGUCAACAUCACGCUCACAGGGACCCCAGGGCAGCUUAAUGAGACCAUCAAUUACAAUGAGGAGUUCACCUGGCGCCUGGGCGAGAACUAUGCUGAGGAGUACGCAAAGGCACUGGAGAAGGGGCUCCCGGACCCUGUGCUCUACCUGGCUGAGAAGUUCACUCCGAACAGCCCAUGUGGCCUGCAUAGCCAGUACCGCCUGGCAGGACACUACACCUCGGCCAUUCUGUGGGUGGCAUUCCUCUGCUGGCUGCUGGCCAAUGUGAUGCUGUCCAUGCCCGUGCUUGUCUACGGUGGCCACAUGCUGCUGGCCACGGGCAUCUUCCAGCUGUCGGGACUGCUCUUCUUCUCCAUGGCCACGUCCCUCACCCCACCCUGUCCCCUGCACCUGGGCACUGCUACGCUGCACACUCACCGUGGGCCUGCCUUCUGGAUCACGUUGGCCACAGGACUGCUGUGUGUGCUGCUGGGUCUGGCCGUGGUGGUGGCCCACUGGAUGCAGCCCCACAGGCUGAAGGCUUUCUUCAACCAGAGUGGGGGAGACAGCUCUGUGCUGGAGUGGAUUCCUGAAGAAGGGGGACUCCUGAGCCCCCGCUACCGGUCCACAGCUGAGAGUCCCGAGCCCCUGGACAUUCCUCUGUCAGGGGCUUCCUCCGAGACGUGCUGUAAGGAGGAGUACCCAGGAGAGCCUGACUGUGCCCUAUAAGCUUCCUCUCCUUGGUGGCCACCCGGACUUCCA